GGGGGCGGUGGCAAACGUGUGUUUGGGUUUCUAUUUCCGGGGUCAGUAAUUAUGGGGUCAGGCCGGUUUAACUGGGUGCUGUCUGGGUGCCGGUCAAGUGAUGCAGAGUAAAUGAAAUCUGGCCAAUAGCAGAAUAAACUUUAACCUCUGGACUGAGCUGUGAUGGUUAGUGAUUGGUGUUUUGUGUGUGGCCACCCAUAUUUUAAUUUUGUCUGACGUGGGAGCAGAGACGACAACGGGACACAGCGCAAUAGGACAUGGCAUCAACGGGUAAACCCGUGUUGUACUCGUACUUCAGGAGUUCCUGCUCAUGGAGGGUGCGAAUUGGUGAGGCUCCAACAACUGGCUGCAAUUUGAAAUCGUGUGUGUCUCUUGCCUUCAAAGGAAUCGAGUAUGAACAGGUCGCUGUCAACUUGGUGAAAGAUGGAGGGCAGCAGUAUGCUGAUUCGUUCAAGAAACUUAAUCCCAUGAAGCAGGUGCCAGCGCUCUCCAUCGAUGGGAUUGUCCUGUCCCAGUCGAUGGCCAUAAUUCAUUACCUGGAAGAGACUAGACCCAAUCCACGGCUGUUGCCUGCUGAUCCCAAGAAACGUGCCCAAGUCCGCAUGAUUUCUGACCUCAUUACCUCUGGGAUCCAGCCCCUACAGAACCUGGGUGUGCUGCAAAGGGUAGGAGAAGAGAAGCUAGACUGGGCCCAACACUUCAUCAUCAACGGGCUGCAGGCUGUAGAGUGUCUCCUGCAGCAGGUGUCAGGACGAUACUGUGUCGGUGAUGAGGUGACGAUGGCAGACCUGUGUCUGGUCCCACAGGUGUACAAUGCGGUGAGGUAUAAGGUGGAUAUGGCUCCAUUUCCCACCAUUUCAAAGAUCAACAAAUCCCUCCUGGAACUGGAGCCGUUUAAAGUCAGUCACCCUUCCUGCCAACCUGACUCUCCUCCGGGACCAUGAAUCCAGCAGCAAGGGUUUUGGUCACACUUUGAGCCAUAUUGACACCACAGUUGACGAAUUAAGAAUUGCAAAUUGUACCGAUCAGUGGACUAUCAAUUUCUCUCCAUUUUCACUUGUUUUCUUUAAAUUAAAAGAUGAAUAAAUUUAAAGAUUGAAAUUA